GGCUCCAAGGCCAACCGCGACACCGCCAUGCGGCAGCUGCAGGAGAUGGUCGAGUACUGCAACUCGCGCAGGCGCUGCCGCCACACGCACCUGCUGCAGUACUUUGCCGACAACUCGCUGGCUAGCGGUUGCGGCAACCGCUGCGACAACUGCAACAACCGCAGCAACCGCGAGUGGUCCUACAUGGAGAACGGAAUGGAGAUGGGCCCGCCGCGGUACCCGCCGUGGUUCAAGAUGGCGGAAGAGGACGAAGAGGAGGAAGGCCGGGAUGGGGGCAAAGCUCGGGGGAAAGGAGCCGGCGGCAGGGCUAAGCGCGGUGGAAGCGGUGCUGACGACAAGGGAGCGGCAGCGCCGAAGGGACGGAAGCGCGCUGCACCAGGAGGCGCUGAGAACACGGGCUUCCAGACUGCGGCAAGCUUGAUGCAGCAGACCACUGGAGCAGCCAAGCGGCAAGCCACCGGCAAACCGCCGCCUGCAAUGACAGGCUUCCAGACCGCAGCGGCCCUGCGGAGCAACGGCGGCGGUGACAGUGGUGCCGGCCCGGUUAGCGGCGGCAGGCGGGCGCUGCCCAGCAGCCUACAGGGCGCCCAGCGCGGCUCAGACACCGGGCCCGGCAGCGGCAGCGGUGCCCCUGCUGCUGCUGCUGGCUCCACAGGACGCAUCAACCCCUUCCUGCGCCCGCCCAGCGGAGGGGCGGAACCCUCCACAACCGCACGCGCCGGCGGCGCGGGCCCGAGCUCGACUUCCGGGCUUGCAGGCAACAGUCGCGCUGUGAGCGGUGCCGGUGCGGGUGGCGGUCAGGUAGGCGCGUACGGUGCGUAUGGGACGGCUUCGGGAAACGCAUCAGUGCCCCAACGGCCCAUCAACAGUGCGGCGAGUGCAGCAGCGAAUGCCGCGUUCAUGCGAGCAGGCCUGAUCCCGGCGCCCGGUGGAUCAGGCGGUGGCAGCGGCGCCGGCGGUGUGGCUGCAGGUCCUGCUGGGGCGGGCAGGAAGCCGGUAGUGGUGAGCGCCCGGGCUCAGGCCAUGCAGGCGGCCAGCGCGCGGUUGCGGCGGCAGCAGCAGGCCAUGGCGCAGCAGGAGGCGGCGGCAGUGCAGGCGAGGCGGCUUGGGUCAGAGGCACGGCCAGUCGUAGUGGAUGAUGAUUAGAAGGAUGGCAGUCGUGCCGAUGCGGGAAUACGAAUGUACGAAGUGCUUGCAUGUGUUUGCGCAGGAUGGUAUGCUACGGGGUUGCAGCUAGCUCGCACAGGUUGUACGGUAGGUGUCGUUACACUGUAUGUGCAGAAGUGCAUUGGAUAAGACGGGACUUGCUUUGUUGGCAGGGCUGGUAUGUGCCACAGCAU